CUUAGUCCUUUUCCUUCAAUCUCCAGCCAGUCAUGCCCAUAGUGUUCCUUCUUCUCUGUCUUGUCUUCUUAACCGAUCUAAUCCCGUUAAGCUCCGGUCAUCCUCACUCGUGCCGAUCAUAUUGUGGAAACAUAACCAUAGACUACCCAUUUGCACUCCGAUACGGAUGCGGCCACCCUGGCUUUCGCGACCUUCUCUUCUGCAUCAAUGACGUCCUCAUGUUUCACGUAAGCUCCGGAUCAUACAGAGUCCUGGAGAUAGACUAUGCUUAUCGGGCCCUCACUCUCCACGAGCCUCACAUGUCAACAUGCGACAAAAUCGUCCUCGGAGGACGUGGCAACGGCUUCUCGGUGGAGCCGUGGAGGCAGCCCUACAUGAAUCCGACAGCCGACAACGUGUUCAUGCUCAUAGGAUGCUCGGCGGACUCUCCUUUGUUCCAAGGUUUCCCAGGGAAGCACAUGCCUUGUCGAAACGUUUCGGGGAUGAGCUGUGAAGAGUAUUAUGGGUGCCCAGCUUGGGACAUGUUGGGCCACAAGAGGGUGGGCCCAGAAUCGUCGUUCUUCGCCUCAGGCCCACCCGAAUGUUGCGCAGUGCCGUUUGAGAUGAUUAAGGCCAUAAAUCUGAGCAGGCUUGGGUGUGAAGGGUAUAGCAGUGCCUACAAUCUGGCUCCAUUACGGGUUGACGGGCCUAAAGGGUGGUCUUACGGGAUCCGUUUGAGGUAUUCGGUGCAAGGAAAUGAUGGGUUUUGUGCCGCGUGCGAGGCGACGGGCGGCACGUGCGGGUUUGGCUCGGACGGCAUCCGGCAAAUCUGCAUGUGUGGGGAUUCCAAUUCGACGUCCAACUGUGAUUCAGUCAGCUUAUAUUCAUCGGACACAGCAAAGCCUAUGAUGAUGAAGAUGCUUGGAGAACCAUUUGCGUGUAUGCUGCUAUGGAUGACAGUGAUCUGGAUCUGGAUUUGAAUAUUGGCCACUGCCUGAGAGUAUUUAACAAAAGUGGAAUCAAACCACACUUUGUAAAUAAAUGCUUGAGUGAAACACAGAAACAGAGAAUAGGAGUUUUUUGGGGGAGGGGGUGAGAGAGAGUUACACUUUGUUUUUGCAUUAGUUCUCUUCAUUAUUGCCUGACUUGCCAUUCUAUCUAUUGCCUUUUCAUUAG